UUCACGCUUUGCCCUCGCUGCUUGCGGUCGUUUGUGUGUCGUCGUGUCUCAAGAACAGGAAUAGACCCCUCUAAGAACAACAACAAAUAAUUAAAAACCGUCAUAUUUUUACGGAAUAUCUAACAAUUUUUUAAGUCAACACGUAAAUUAUUCAAUUGAAAUGUCCACAAACGAGGCGCUCUUUAAUCGUCCUGGCCCCAAUCGCCUGAGGCCAGCGGAGGUCUAUCGCACCACCGUACCCACAGAGGCCGUUAAGAUACGGAUGCAUAAGGAUGGACUCGGUGCCGAGGAACCCAUCUCUAUACCCGGCCUCCUGAAGCGCACUGUCAACAAUUAUCCCGAGUAUCCGGCGUUGCGUUCAAAGAACGGCAAAAAUGGCUACACGACCGUUACCUACAGACAAUAUGAGCAAAAAGUCCAUCAGGUGGCCAAAGCCUUCAUUAAACUGGGCCUAGAGGAGCAUCAUUCGGUUGGUGUGUUGGCCUUCAAUUGCGCGGAAUGGUUCUACUCCGCCAUGGGUGCCAUACAUGCACGCGGUAUUAUAGCUGGCAUCUAUACCACAAAUUCGGCAGAUGCUGUCCUCCAUGUGCUGGAUAACUCCAAGGCUCAGAUCGUUGUGGUCGAUGAUUCCAAGCAGAUGGAUAAAAUUCACGCCAUACGCGAUAAGUUGCCCAAUCUAAAGGCUGCCAUUCAAAUUCAAGAACCCUAUGCUCCAUACCUGAAGAAGGAGGAUGGCUACUAUAGGUGGUCGGAAAUCGAGUCGAUGAACGUUAGCGAUGUGGAGGACAAGUUCAAGCAGCGUCUGGAGAAUAUUGCCAUCAAUGAAUGCUGUUGUCUGGUCUAUACAUCCGGCACUGUCGGUAUGCCCAAGGGUGUAAUGCUGUCACAUGAUAACAUCACCUUCGAUGCACGCGGCAUUGUCAAAUCUCUGGAGAAGAUUGUGGUGGGAGCUGAAUCUAUAGUAUCGUAUUUACCACUUUCCCAUGUGGCUGCCCAAACGGUUGACAUUUACACAGCGGCUGCCAUUGCCUGCUGUAUUUGGUUUGCCGAUAAGGAUGCCCUAAAGGGAACCCUGGUCAAAUCAUUGCAAGAUGCCCGUCCCACACGAUUCAUGGGUGUUCCUAGGGUCUACGAAAAGUUCCAGGAACGUAUGGUUGCCGUUGCCAGUUCUAGUGGUAGCUUCAAAAAAAUGCUUGCCGGCUGGGCCAAGGGCAUCACAUUGAAGCACUACAUGGAGAGUCAAGGCAAAACCUCUGGUGGUUUCCGUUACAAGAUUGCCAAGUCGCUCAUCAUGUCCAAGGUGAAACAGGCCUUGGGUUUCGAUCAUGUGGUUACUUUGGUCAGCGCCGCUGCUCCCAUGUCACCGGAGACUAAGAAAUAUUUCCUUAGUUUGGAUUUGAAAAUUCUUGAUGCCUUCGGCAUGUCAGAGACUGGAGGAUGUCAUACCAUUUGUCUGCCUGACUCGGUGGCCCUCAAUUCCAUUGGCAAAACGAUGCCCGGCUGUGAGUCGAAGAUCAUCAACAAGGAUGAGAGUGGACAUGGUGAAUUGUGUAUACGUGGACGUCAUGUGUUUAUGGGCUACAUUGACAACAAGGAGAAGACCGAAGAGUCACUGGACGAUGAUUGCUGGUUGCAUUCCGGUGAUUUGGGCUAUAUCGAUGAUAAGGGCUAUGUUUGCCUCACAGGACGUUCCAAGGAGAUUAUUAUUACAGCCGGCGGAGAGAAUAUUCCACCAGUUCAUAUUGAGAAUAUGAUUAAAAAGGAAUUGGAUGGCAUUUCCAAUGCCUUCCUGGUGGGUGAGCAACGCAAAUAUCUUACUGUGCUGUUAACAAUUAAGACCGAACUGGAUAAGGAUACUGGCGAGCCACUGGAUGAGCUUACCCACGAGUCUUCGGUAUGGAUGAAAUCAUUGGGAGUUGAAUACAAGACUCUGUCGGAAAUCCUUAAGGCAGGACCAUGCCCUAAGGUAUGGAAAUCCAUUGAGGAUGGCAUUAAACGGGCCAACAAACACUCCAUCUCGAAUGCCCAAAAGGUGCAAAAGUUUACCAUUUUGCCACAUGAUUUCUCCAUUCCCACCGGUGAAUUGGGACCCACUCUGAAGGUCAAGCGUAAUGUGGUAGCUAAACAAUAUGCCGAUGAGAUUGAGAAACUCUAUGCUUAAAAAGGGGCGAAACGAGAAUCAUUUAGGAACCUGAGCUUUAAACCAACAACAAACAUACAAAAACUGAAUUAACUGAA